AUGGCUGCGGCGGCUGCGGUCCAGGAUGAGGGUCCAAAGAAGGAAGCCUGGUCCUUCGUGCAGCUUGGCCAGCAUUGGGCGGAGCAUCCAGUGCCGCAUGCGCGGCUUCACCAAGCCUUUUGCCCCGGAGGUGCCGCCGGCCUCCGUGACCCAGAUCUUCCAGCGCCACUGGCAGCGCCUGCGGCGGAAGAGUUGGGUUGGGAGGAAAGGUCUCCAGCCCAUCCUUUCGAGCUAAACCCACCGGCACGGCGAAAUCCCGAAGCCUUCGUGCCUGGGACUGGGGUCUGCACGGUGGUUACAGACCAAUGCUUUGGGGAUGCAUGUUUGGGCCACGAGUUGACCAUCGUCACAGACAGCGCUACACAGGAGUCCAGUCCUGAGGCACCGGCUUCACCCUCCACGCCCGCAAGGUCGCCCACCUUUCAGCCCAGGCUCUCCAGGCAGGGCACAAAAGAAAAACUCCACCUCUCGCAGGUGGAAGCGGGCUUGGAAAAGAUCGCCACGGAGCGCUUGCCUCGGGUUCGGACCUUCCAAUUCGCAGCGGACAAAGAAGAUGAAGACGUGGAGGAGGCGGCCACACUGAGUCGAGAUACGGCGGCCUUCAGGGAGCUGAAGGCGCAGGUGGCUGCCGCCCGCACGGGCACUGACACGACGGAGGCCGUAGAGCGCCGUAGUCUGCCAGCGUUGCUUCCGCUGGCCUUUCUCAGAUUGGCCGUGCUCGUCCUCUCGCUAUGCAGCGUCGAGACCCUGGUCCUCCCCUGCAGCUAUGGAAACGCACCGCGAAACGGUGCCCGUGGAACAGCGAUACGUUGCAAGGCGUUCAACCUUGGGAAUCUCUUUGGCGAAGAAGAGGAGAAACUGGAAGUCCCCGAGAAUGUGGCAGAGAUGGUCUCUGGGUUGAAGAGCAGCACUGAAAACUCCUUGAAUCAAGGCUGUAGCCGUUUGGACAUUGAGCUUCCACCCUCCUUUCGGCUGGGUGUGGAGGACAAGUCCCAAAAAAGCUCCAUGGUGGCGGACAAACAGAGUAAGGACCUGGUGCUGAAGGAGGUGGCGCGUGGUGACCGCGAACUGGCACGUCUAUUCGUGGAGAUGUUGGAAGCCAUUGGUCCCGGCUUGGUGGUGGCCUUCCGCACCUCGUCGCUGGAGAAGGCGGCGAAGAAGCGCUGGAAGUUGGACAAGGUCAACGAAGCGCAAGUGAUUUCGUUCUUUGAUUCGAAGAAAUCAGCCUUUGCCAGUGAAGUGGAAGCACCUGCGCAGUUCAAUCAGAAGCUCAGAAAGUUGGAUUGCAAGUGUCUCUUAGUGGUUGCCCCUCACCUGGACCAGCUGCGGUUCGUUGCCCAGCUCAGCAAGGAGGUGCAAGAUCAGAUGGGCAUCAUACUCCUGAACUCUCGGAUCUUCGGGAACAGGAAAGUGAAGGCACCUCCACGCUUGAAGAACUUCAUCAAGAAGGAGUUCGAUCCUGCCUUCCACGUGCGCUUCUUUGAGAAUGACCAGUGGCCAAAGAAUAGCAUGAUCUACAGACAGGUGAGCAAAAGUGGCGAUGCGCCAUGGAUCAUCGCCGUGCAGCGGCAGUUGGUGGGCGGGGCGGUGGUGACCAAAGAAGUGCUGCGGAGCCAGGAGGAACCUAAUGAGGAAGCGAUCGAAGCUGCCUUCAAGAAGUAUGCAGAAAGUAGCGAUGUCUCCGACAAAGGUGGGACUCAUAUUCCCAUGCCCUUCACCGAGGACCAGGCCUUGGAAGUCUUCACCAAGCUGGCAGAAUAUGAGGAACUGCAUGAGUCCGAGCUGGGUCGCGCGAUGAAAAUGUUGGGCUAUAUGCACCCCAACGAAGAGUGGAUCAGAGAGAUCUAUUUUGACGUUGCACCAACCUACAACACCAUUCAGAUCAAUGAGUAUUUCAUCUUCGUGAAAGCUUAUGCCGCCAAGCACCACGAAGCCUGUUCCCAUGCUUUCUCCCAAUACCAGGUCGGCGGCCUCAUGGACGGUCCUGCGUUGCAGGAAGCCCUGCGGAAUUUUGAUAUCGAAUUGUUGCCAUAUGUGGUCCAGGAGAUUUUGGAUGAAGUGAAUCAGGCCGGUGCGAAACGGAGCGAUCCCCUCACUCGCAUUGAGGCCUCUUCGGUGGUCGAGAUUGGUCGAGAGCGGCUGGAUACCAUCGUGAAAAAGUUGGAUGAAGCCCUAAGUUUAAAGCAAACGUACGGCCCUUUGAGACCCAAGGACCCCCCGCGAGUCAAGCGAGGCAUGGUAUCACACAUUCGGGGGCCGGUGGCUGCGCGGGGGAAGAUCGUAGCCAUGGCAGAGAAUUGGUCGGAGGGUGAUGAGCAGGAGCUGGUGGGAAGGCUGGGCCACGGUCAGGUCAAGACGAUUGUGUUGUUUUCGGGUGUCAUAAGCGAUACUGCAAGAAUUAGGAGGUUGGUUCAGAUGACGCGCCGGAAUCCCCACCAGAAUCAGAAGGAAGGCGGGGCUCUCAGUCAGAUGCUCUUCUGUCCUGGUGGAAACAGUCUACCCACCUUCACCCGAGAGCUUUCUGAAGCGGAUGCCACCAGACCGGUGUUCCGCUUGCUGUAUCGCAGCAGGGCCGAUCAGGUGUGGGAACUGUUGGAUGAUCAGAACUCCAGCACGGCAGCGUGGUUCAUCUCACAAUUCCUGAAGCUGUUUGUGAUGCUCAGCGUGGCCGUGACGAACUUCCAAACCACCGAGGAACGAACGAUGGACAAAGCCACCGCUAUUGUCUUUGAAUUCUUUUUCGAUGCGGUUUUCCUGCUGGAGUUUCUGCUUCGAUUGUUGUCAGCUCCCUCGAAGAAACGAUCCUUGGGUGAUCCAUUGAAUUGGGCUGAUAUGUUGUGUGCCCUGGGCCUCCCGUGUCGCAUUGCUUUUGUGUCGGGAAGUGGUUUCUUCAAUAGUCAGGUCCGACAAACAUCCGACUGGAACCUAGGAGAAGUUGGCUUGUUGUUUUUGCUGCCGUUGAUUCGCUUGAUGAAAUUACUGCGCUACUUCGAGUCCAUUCCGCUGCUCAUCGAUGCCUGUUACAAGUCAUUCGAGGCACUGCCGCUUCUCACAUAUAUCAUGGCGUUGAUCACCUUUUGGUCCGCAACAGGGAUCUACUUGGUGGAAAGCAGAGGCAGUGUCCCCAGCAUGCAGCACUCAUUGUGGCUGUCUUUGGUGACCAUGACGACGGUGGGGUACGGCGAUUACUAUCCCACAUCAAUCGCAGGCUACUUUAUUGUCUCCGUUCUGACCAUUGUCAGUGUUCUGUUCUUGGCCCUUCCAGUUGGCAUCAUUGGAAAUGAGUUCACUUCGUGCUGGCAACAGCGGACACGAGUCUUGCUGCUGACCAGAGCACAGAAAUGUUUGGCAAAGUGGGGCUACAGCGCCUCCGAUGUGAAGAUUCUCUUUGAAUUCAUGGACGUGGAUGGUGAUGGGAACUUGAACCUCAAUGAGUUCAUGGAGCUAUUUCACCAGACACUAAGCCGCACCCACUGGGGCACCGCCGUACAAAGAGGAGAUUUGCCUCUGUGUUCGAACCCCAACCUUUAA